GCCGAUCGUCGAAGACGACGCGGCGCCCGAGGCCAAAGUGACCCUCGAGUCUGCGGAGUCCGUGCCCGCGCAGGCCGGCCUGCUGCUGCAGGGGUCACCCCGCGCUGCGCAGCAGGCGGCGUCUCAUCAGGCUUCCGGGUCGUCAUGCGGCGGCGCCGACUCCUCCAGCCAGUCGGUGACGGUCGUGCCCCAUUUCCGGCUGAAGGACGCCGAGCGCUUCCUGGCCCUCUGCCGGACCCGCAGGCAGAGCGGCGGGCCCUUCGACUGCACCCUCUCCGAGGGCGGCACGGCGGCGCAGUGGCGCGAGGUCUACGCAGACGGCGAGCAGGCGCUGAGCCACUUGGCCGACAUGGACAAGAAGCUCGAGCCCCUACUGGACGGGCCUGCUGAGUUGGAGAGGCUAGAGGUCCACGGCCCGGAGGAGGAGCUGGCCGUGCUGCGCGGCGCCCUGGCGCCGCUCGGCUGCCUCUUCUUCCCCACGGGGCCGGGCGCCGCCGCGGAGGCCGACGCGGCCGACGCGGCGUCCGCCUGGGCAAAGGACACGCGUGUGAGCGUGGCGCCCUACUUCCGGGUGCGGGACGCCGCCGAGUUCAAGAGGGUCUGGAGGGCAGUCAUGGACAUCUCCGCCGGCAGCGGCGGCUGCGCCCGCCACGCCCUCGGCUUCUCGGAGGACGGCAAGAGGGCGACCGCAAAAGAC